UUCAGUUUUACUUCUGUUGAUACAGGAUGUUCUAGCACACAGAUCCGACAAUCCAUUCACAUGACCGGAGGUGUGUACUUUUGUGAUUAUCCUUCUGUUGUUCUAUAUAAAUAUAUAUACAAAACAAACAAACAAACAAAUCAUUCAAAUUAUUUUCUUUUGAGAUCAACAUAGUGCCACAAAUGUUGUGACUAGAGCUAAACAUCUACUGAGCCUGGAACAUUCCACUAAUUAUGAUUAACAAUUAACUUGAGUUACUUUUUAAUCUGAAGCAAUAUAAAUCAAGUACAAAAGACAGUAAAUCAGGACACUAUAAAAUAAACAUGAGAGGCUGUGAGGAUGACAGAGCAAGAGCUGGAAACAAACAUCAGUGAAGAAUGUCUGUCGUCCAGCAGCAGGUAUAUGGAGGACUCAAUGAGAAUGAGAUCAGUCAACAGAUCAGCUCUGAGAACAGAAGACAGAAUCCACCUCAAACAGACACUUUGAGAGCUGAAGCUUCAACUGACAGCCAACAAUACUGCCAUCUGUGCUUCCCUGAUAUCCAUGCAGCACUGAGAGAACUGACCGCCACCGUUACAGAGCAGAAAGGAAACAUCAGAGAACUGACCGCCACCGUUACAGAGCAGAAAGGAAACAUCAGAGAACUGACCGCCACCGUUACAGAGCAGAAAGAAAACAUCAGAGAACUGAGGGAAGAGCUGAAGAAGAAAAAUGAAGAAAUUUCAAAUCUUACUCUGAGUCAAGUGGAGGAGUUGAGAAAGGAAAAUAGAGACAGAGAAAUAGCUUUUUCAGCUGGACUAAUGCAAUCUGGCAGUGGUGGAUUUAUUGGUCCUUUUACCACUGAAAUCACACUAAUCUACAGGAACGUCUUCACAAACAUAGGGAACGCCUACAACCCAAUUACAGGUAUUUUCAGAGCCCCACUGAGAGGAGCGUACAUGUUCAGAUUCUCUGUAUUUGGAAAUGGCCCAACUGCAGCAACUGCCUCCAUUAUUAAGAAUGGAGCGCUGGUGGUUAUAGCAGAUGCUGAUCAGACUCAGGGUGUGUUAAACUCCUCGAAUGGAGUUGUGUUGAUCCUGGAGGUUGGAGAUGUUGUCUAUGUGAGACUUUGGCCUGAAAAGAGGUUAUAUGAUAGCUAUAAUAACCACAACACUUUCAGUGGUUAUCUACUGUUUCCCUUAAGAUAACAGGAGGUUUGAAGAAUGUGAUUCUAAUAAUUCUGAAACUUCAGCGUAUGAUUUAAGAUGAAAAUCAUGAAGAAUCAUUAACAUAUGAACCUGUAUUAAUAAGGACUAAUGUGUGUUUGAAAUUUGCAGUAGAUUACUGUAUAAAGUCAGUAUAAUACAUUAUACUCAUAAGUUCUGAUCUGUCUAUACAUGUAAGUUUGUAUAAAGAGUUUCAGCACUGAGACAGACAGGACCCAUGAAUAUCACAUGUGACUCAAAAGUGUUUUGUUAAAGUAGUAAAUCUAAUAAUGUUAAAUAAUACCUUUUUAAGUGUAUCUUGUUACUGAUCCUUGAUCUGUAUCUC